UGAGUUUUUUAGUUUUCAUUUGUGUUUGUUUUCUGUAGCUUAGGGUGUGUUUUUGUUGCAACUUGUUAAUAACUAUCCAUGCUGUAUAUAAUCAAUAUGCCGAGUGAGCAUCUAUUACGCGCAUAAAGAGAACUAACUCGCAUCCGUCGCAAUGUGUGUGUGUGUCUGUGCCUGUAAAUCUAUGUGUGUGUGACGAUUAGAAGACGUCGUCGGGUAAAAGGGCGGUAAAAAGAAAAGCCAACAAACUGCGACGGGAAAUUUGUAAAUUAGCUCAACUUUUCGAUUCACCAUAAAGCUGCAAAACCACAACCACUUCCAUUACCACGGUACCUAAACAGUUCCAUCUGGAAUCCGACAAUUCAGCAACAAUAGCGAGUAUGUUUUCCAAAAAGAAGAAGAAACCCCUCAUCUCGAUGCCCAGCAACUUUGAACAUCGCGUGCAUACGGGAUUCGACAAACGCGAAAAUAAAUACGUCGGCCUGCCCUUGCAAUGGGCCUCCAUAGUGGGCAACAACCAGAUAUUGAAGUCAACCAAUCGCCCAUUGCCGCUUGUCGAUCCCUCAGAAAUAACGCCCACAGAGAUACUUGACCUGAAGACGAUUGUGCGUCCCCACCACAACAACAACAAGGCCGACACGACGUCACUAAACAGCAGCAGCACCAUGAUGAUGACGGCCUCGGGCUCGAUGAUGGCUGGAUCCGGAGGCAUGGGAGCGCCCCCUCCCGGCAUUGUGCUUCCAAAGACGUCACAUGUGGCGCGUUCCAACUCGCUACGCAGCUCCAGUCCGCCACGGGUGCGUCGUGUGGCAAACGUGCCACCCGCCGUGCCCGAGGAAGAGUCAAUGGCGCCUACGCCUGGCUUUAAGCUCAACCAAGCCAUGCCACAUAUGCUGUACCCCAGUCAACAUCCGCAUCCCAAUGGUUCCACAGGUCCGCUCGCUGUGCGCACCGAUCUGUCACAGAGUCAGCCCACAAAUCUGCAAUAUCGCACGGCCGUUGCAGCUUCCGGCAUGCAGCAAACGUCGCCGGUCGGCUCUGUGACCAGUGCAACGCGUUCCACACACUCCCACCACAACAACGGCAACAGCAUCAGCAAUUUCCCAAUGUACCCUGCAUCUCAACAGCAACAACAGCAGCAGCACCAACAACUCCAACAUCAGCAGCAGCAGCAACCAAAACCCAUAGCGGCUCUACCAAAUGCAACAGUGGGCGAUCAGAAUCAAAAUCCCCUGCACGCCCAGCAUUCGCAUAACCAUGCGAAGUCCGCGUCGCGUGCUUCCAGCUCGAGCGGCGGUGCCAGCACCAACAAUGCAGCACUUGCUGCGGCGCAGCAGGCGGCUCCACAACCGAAGCAGGAGCAGCGUCUUACCCACGAGCAGUUCCGUGCCGCACUCCAAAUGGUUGUGUCCGCCGGGGAUCCUCGAGAGAAUCUGGACAACUUCAACAAAAUCGGCGAAGGCUCUACAGGCACAGUUUGCAUUGCCACUGACAAAUCUACAGGUCGCCAGGUGGCCGUCAAGAAGAUGGAUCUGCGCAAGCAACAGAGGCGCGAGCUGCUCUUUAACGAGGUGGUCAUCAUGCGUGACUACCACCAUCCAAACAUUGUCGAGACGUACUCCAGCUUUCUGGUCAACGAUGAGCUCUGGGUUGUCAUGGAGUAUCUGGAGGGUGGCGCCCUCACCGACAUUGUCACACAUUCGCGCAUGGAUGAGGAACAAAUAGCGACCGUUUGUAAGCAGUGCUUGAAGGCUUUGGCCUAUUUGCACUCACAGGGCGUUAUACAUCGGGAUAUUAAAUCCGAUUCCAUUCUGCUGGCCGCUGACGGUCGCGUCAAGCUGUCUGAUUUUGGAUUUUGUGCGCAAGUCUCGCAGGAACUGCCUAAGCGGAAGUCACUUGUCGGCACGCCAUAUUGGAUGUCACCGGAGGUUAUCUCGCGUCUGCCGUACGGUCCGGAGGUCGAUAUCUGGUCGCUGGGCAUUAUGGUCAUCGAAAUGGUCGAUGGAGAGCCACCGUUCUUCAAUGAGCCACCGUUGCAGGCGAUGCGCCGCAUACGGGACAUGCAGCCACCGAAUUUAAAGAACGCCCACAAGGUCUCGCCGCGUCUGCAGUCGUUCUUGGACCGCAUGCUGGUGCGAGAUCCGGCACAGAGAGCGACGGCCGCAGAACUGUUGGCUCAUCCCUUCCUGCGGCAGGCAGGGCCGCCCUCAUUGCUGGUGCCGCUGAUGCGAAAUUCACGACACCAUUCAUAGACAAUGUCGGCGAUCUUCUCUUAAUGUAUUAUUAGUAUUUUUAUUUAAUUUUUUUUAAUCUUUAGUUUGUUAUACAGUCUUCUGUCUCAAUGUGUGUUAUUUGUCCCUUGUUUUAACCUACCCAGAGAGUUGGGGUAUUGUAACUUUUUGUUGUUUCGUUAUGUCGUUAAUGUCGAUGCCUGCCAGAACUGCCAUAGCGCGACAUUAUGUGAGUUUGCGUUGCAAACAUCAUCAAAAAGAUACAAUAGGACGUUCAAGCAAAAGCUCCAGAUUAAUAGCAACUAUUCCUAAAACAAAACAAGAAAUGUAUAUAAGCGACAGUCACCUUUUAUUUUUGUUCCAAAUGUGAUGAGGGACUGCUUGAUAAUGGUUUUAUGAAUGACGAUCUUGAAGCUUCGGCUGAACGUUGCAUUAACUACAAACGUAUUUUCCACUUAUCCAUUAUGUGGUAUUUAUAUAAUUAAUCUACAGUACGGCAGCUGCUACUUAAACUUAGAGCUAAUCUAAUUAACAUAACACCGACAUAUCUCGAAAAGUCAUAUCCAUAACAUAGGCAAUACAAACGGACAGACGGACGGAUGGACAGAGGGACAGAUCAACACAAGCAUUUAUGUAUGUAUCUUUCGAGAAAGCCUGUUACAGAUUUGCUCAUGUACUAAAAUUUGUCAAAUAGUUCGUAAUUUUAAAAAGAAAAUGAAAAUUGUUGCAUGGAACGGAAUGAAGAACACUUAGCGCAUACGAGUAUGCCUAUGUGUGUGUGUGUGUGUGUGUGUUGUAAAACAAAACCAAGAACUAAUGCAGUCGUGAGUCAUGCAAAGUACUUAAUUAUUGUUUAAUUUGAGAACCUUAAGAUUGCAAUGUGCCUUUUUCUCGAAUCGAAGCAAAGAAACAAUUGACAAUUCAACUAUGAAACUGAAGCGAAUGACUAAUGAACAAAAACUCAAUUCACUGUUAAAUGUCAGCCAUUGAACGUGUAUUUAUAACAAAGUAUUUAAUAUCUUACCACUGCUUAUAUAACUCUGGACUGAUCGGACAUUAAUUGCUAAUCGUUGCGAAAUUCCUUAUGAAUUGUAUUAAUUUUUCCGCUCGACUCCUAGGACGCGCUUGACGAGCACAGUUCUUGUCAAUAAAGGCCAUCACUGAGCUUCUUUCUCAACUAUGCAGUCCAUAAACAUUGUUCGAAUAUAUAUACAUAAAUAUAUAUAAAGGUAUAUACAUGUUAAGAUAAAUAUAAAUAUAUUUUGAUAAAGCCUAUACUAAGAAUUACAAAACAACGAAUACGCGUACGUGUAGCUAAGUGUUCAGAAUUAUUGUGAAAACACUUUAUACUCACAACAGAAAUUGUUGUCAGCUUUAUGCAUGCUCCAAGCUGAUUGCUCAGCAGCGAAGCAUCUAACUCAUAUAUAUUUAUGCAUAUACACAAAUAUUUACAUGCGAUGAAUUGUAUACACAUUUUUUUUUUUUAAUUUAAACUAGAUUGUUCUCGGUUGCAAAUGUACGCUAAUUAAACUAUUAAACAUUCUGUCCCCACAGUUAGGAAACCACGAAGAAGCAUUCCCAUUUUACCUUUUAGCAUAUUUUGUUCUGGUUUUA